CUAACCCGACCUAAGACUAUUACAUCAUGGCCUAUCCUCGCUAUAACAACUACGAACAAGGUGUACCGCCAGUUCAACCAGCCGCUUAUUACUCUACGCCAUCCACUUCGGCGUUGCCGAGCAGAGAACCUUUGUCGCGAGAACCCCACCGCGUUCUUUUCGCUGGCCUGCCUCCCGAUAUCACUGCUAGUGAUUUACGCGACCUUCUCCUCUCAGAACCUCUGCAUCUCUCACCCCUCACAACAUCUGUUACGAGCCUUCACAGCGAAAAUGGAGAUUUUCAAGGGGUAAUGCUUGUGUAUGUGGAGACUGCUGAGGAUGCGGAAAGAAUCAGGGCUCAAUAUUCUGGGCAACCGAUUGAUGGAUCACUGGUGCUUCAAGUCCAUCACGUCCUUCCAUCGCAUGUAUCUCUCCCCCUAACGAACUCCGUCGCCCCUGCAAGACCUGCGAAUCAGCAAAGCAAGACAAUCCCCACAGGGCCCAAGGCUAGCUCAGGACCAACACAAACCAACCAGCAGGCGCAACGACACAGUGCUCAGAGAAAUAGCAUGUCUGGAAAGAAAGCGGCCGGUGCAAUGCAUGCGCAGGCUGAGAGUGCUCCCCCAGGUCUGGCGUUGCUGAAGAGGAUCGGAAAGGCGGGCCAAGAAGAUGAUAGGAGGAAGCAGCAGGGAGGUGCGAAUAAACAAAAAGCCAAUGUCAAGUCCCAUUCUGCUGGUGCGGAUCUUCUAUCGCGAUUAAACCCUUCUCCUGGGGAUCAUUCGAAGAAUAACAAGAAGAACAAGAAUACAAAAGCGUCGAACGGAAGCGCUAAAGUCAAUCGAGCCAAAGGAAAGGCCGCCUGAUGAUAAGAUAUAAAAAAGAAUAUUGGGAAAUCACAUGCGGGAAACGUAGUCAUGCGAAAUUAAUGUCUCACGGAAGGGAUGAAACCGUGUUCCAUGUACUGUGCUGCUCGCAAACCCAGAAACAGGCCCGGAUUGGUUGUCUGACUUCUGGUUAAUAAACAGAGCAUUCAUGGUGGAUGGCGGAUGUUUAUCUCAUUCUCCUCUAUUAUCCCUUGUACCGUCCCUUGUCGUGACAAGAGGAUGCAUCGUCGUCCUUAUUUGCAUUUUUCCCAUCGCCUUUGGCCAGUCAACUAUUUCCGACAGCGGCCAUCCGUCGGUCAUUGGCCAUUAUUAGUUACUGGGUCUCGAUUCUACAAUCCUUGUGGGCAAUUGUCGAGGAUCAACAAGCGUGUUUUAAAUUGGAUUCUUGGUUACUCCCCCACUAUCCAUCAAUCCACCCCAAACAGCUUACUAUCACACAGAGAUUAACAUGGAGGCUCAAAGGAGGGCGUCCCUAGGUGAUUCAGGAUAAGAGGGAAAUAUAAAAUAUUGAGACAUAAGUGGUAGCAAAGUUGGGCCAGGAAAAGCAGAUACAUUGCAUUACAACUAUGGCUAGGGCUACUACCUGGCGAUACACGGAUUAAUAAGAUCGAUGUCUGAGAAAUCCUUGGACGGGGGAAAGAAUCUCAAUCAACUAUCAAUAAGGACGAAACAAGACAUAUCAGCUUGGGGCUCUGCUUAGGAACACACCCUAACACGCCCUAGAGACAACGUACAUGAAGGUAUGCAGACUGACCAACCAACAAGUGCCCCCUCCUCCUCGAGGGUAACACUACUCCUUACGAAGCAACACAACAAAGAUUGCAGACCGCAGCAGCAGCUUCCACUCAAGAAGCGCCGAUCCUUUGCAGGGCAAGGCACGUAAUAUUAGGGGCGCUAUAAGACUGGAAGGGCAUUUAUGUUCAUUGUCAUUGAUCAAUAAUAGAGGGAGAGAUGAUGGAAAUAGACAGCUAACUAAUAAAGGGAAUUCAACUGGGGACAUCCUCCUUUUCUAUGUUUUAAUUUAUAGAGAAGGGAAUAACCAUGAUCUCUCGAACCAUGUUCUCGUUCUCUUCGGAGUGAAGUAUGUAUAUCAGGGUAGCAUCU